CCAACAGUCAAGAUAGUCCACAUUUGCCUGUGAAAAUUGUGAUACUUUAGGAUUUUAGUUUUUAGUAACAGUGAAGCCGAAAUGUUCAAGUUAUAUUUCUUUUUCAACGUGGUCUGCAUUUUCUUGGCCAUACGGAGUGCCAUCAGUGCGGAAGUGCCAGAUUCAAAUGAGCAGAAAAUUACAAAUUUCCUUUCCUCGGUGAAAGACAGUGAAGGCUUGAGCAAACGAGCUGCGGCAAUGUGGUUCGGGCCCCGUCUCGGAAAGAGAACGAUUUCAUCGGAUCUAAACGAAGAAUUGCUCGAAGAAAUGGAUGGAAAUCCAUUGUCAUACUCUGGGGACGCGCCUCAACACUUGGCUGCGGAACUCGCCCAAGGAACUCCGUACGUCGUACUUCUAAUGACAGGCCGUGUUCUCAAACAACCGCAACCCGUAUUCUAUCACACCACAACCCCGAGACUUGGUCGCCGUGACGCAUCGGCGAACGAUAACAACUCCAGACCACCGUUUGCUCCACGACUUGGCCGCAAUUUGCCAUUCUCUCCCAGGUUAGGCAGAUCUUUUAGUGUCCCGGCACUGGAUAGUUUCGGUUACUAGACUGAUGGCACCAAGAGUGCGCCGCCCCCCGAAGCGACUCAGUAGGCCGUUUCUAUUGGAGUUUUUUUUUUUCAAAAUGGCUGGAAUCCGAAUAGAACCGGCCUACUGAGACGGAUAUUUGUAUAGAGAGAUAUUUUGUGUAACUAAAAUAACUGUACAAUACGAGAUUAAACUAUCA